AUGUUCGGGGAGCCAAGUCCUAUUCUGAGCCCCGCAUCUUUUAACAGUCCGCUCCCAAAUCUGAUCGCGCCAAUGGGGUUCUCCUGCGUGAUGGAAGCCCGGAAGUCUCUUAGCGUUCUAUACAAUGCUGCCCUUCACUUUCGAGGAGAGCUGAUCCAUCUCGUUGCUGUUGGGAUGAAAGACCAUAACCUGGACUUGGCAGCUCGACAUUGUAUACACCAUUCACGCACGAAAACAGUCGACUUGACGUCCCGCCCUGAUCUGAUAGGGCGACAAGCCGGUCUGCGGUUUGAGUUAGAGAGGUGGAUUUCCCUUUUCAAACAACUUUCUCAAAAUCAAUCAUACGUACACGCACGACCAGUCAUCCUCCUCGAAAUCCAGGACUUCUACAUAUGCUUCAUUGUAUCCACCUAUCGGAACACACAUGAAGUAGCUUGCGAUGAAUCCAUCGACCUCUUCCGUCGCAUUGUCUACCUAUCAAAGCUAUUCAUUCAUGGAGCCAGCACGGCAACCUUCACACUGGAAUCAGGGGCAGUCCCUUCCCUCUACCUCAUCGCAAUGAAAUGCCGCGACCCACCCACCCGACGGGAUGCUAUAUCACUCCUCGACCAAACCAAUUGCCAAGAAGGAAUGUGGGAAGGACCACUGAUCGCGAGAUUCGUCACUGAAAUCGCACACCUGGAAGAGCAAACAACAGGCACCACCCCAACCCACUCCAGAGAGAUACCUGAGAGUAACCGAUCUGAUACCAUAGUCAUGACCACCGACAUACCCGGACAUGGCCGUUUGGUAUGUACACGAUACCAGCAUGAGUCAACGGGAAAGCUGCAGAUGACGGAAAGAAGGUUCCGACUGUAG